UUUAUUAAACAAAAAAAGCUCAAAUAAACAUUACGCGUCUGAGAUAUACCAAUAAGAAUAAAAAUAAGUACGCCGAGAAUUAUUAUUUAAAAAAGCGCGCAAAUUUGCAAUCUGCAAUGUUGCGUUGCAUACGAUUUGGUGAGGUGUUGCUGGACGAGACUUUCCGUACGUUUCUAAUAUGCAAUCAGUGUCAGAUGGAAUUUGUUGAAGUGCCAGAGUUUCGCGUACAUUUAGCGACCACCUCUUGCGGUCAAAGACUAUUUAAGGAUGAUGUGAUUGGGCUUAAAUUUGGAGCCGCACAAGUUACACGCGCAAGCAAAGAAAAAACGUAUUUGUUGUAUAAUCCUGAAGAUGUGCAAUUAGCUACUGCAGAAACAUUGAUUGGCAAUGAAACAACGACUGAUGGUGGUGACGAUUCAUAUUUAGAUUUAAUAAAAAUUGAAGAAGAAUUACUUGAUCCGCGUUGGUAUACCGACAUAGCUGCUACACAAACUAAUGUAAGCAAUGCACAAGCUGCAGCGUCGUGUUCGAGUUCUGGUAACGCGAAUAAACCAAUGGAAUACAAAAUGCUCGUCGAAGCAGUAGGACCAUAUGUACAAUUCAAAACAAACGCCGGAAAGAAAAAAUCCCAUAAUAUUGUAGUGAAACGUUUUCCGAAAAAAGUAGAAAAUUAUACUGCAAAUGAGCAAAAUCCUGAACGUAACCUUAAUCCAGCAGUAAAGAGAAAAUUAGAACUACCACAAAAGCAGGUGACUUUUAACGAGAAUGCGAAUGUGAAGUAUGUAUUAAAUGGAAACUUGUGCCCAGAUGUUAACAGUGAAAACGAUGAAAUAAUUACGGGUGAUCAUGGUGCUGUUCUAAAGCGGCGUAAAACUAUUAAUAUACCAACGGAUCAAGUCAGUAUACAAUCAAAAUCUGCAGGUCAGACGAUAAGACGUAGUUCAGACGUCCCAAAAAGAACAACUGGACAAGUGAUAAAUGUUGCUGGCACUAAAAUGAACACAAAACCAGGUGCUUUGAGUGAUGUCACCAAGUUGAAGACUAUCCCAGCAACAAAAGUGAGACCCGCAGCUACAGCACCGAAGCCGGAGGUUAAAGCUCAUCCAACAAAUUUGUUUCCAAAUCCUCUGGCCACACAAAAACCAACUGAUGGUAAUAAGAAUAAAGGGACUAACACUAAUUUAAUGGUGAAAAAUCCUGCUACAUACGCAAAAUUAAAUUCAAACGGCAAUAAAAGUGAAAAAUCGCCAACUAAUCGCAUACCAGCGAUCAAUAAAGUCGCGCCGCCACCACCACCACCACCAGAAUCAAAACCACAACAACGGAAUGUGGCUACAACUGCAAUCACGAAAAUACAGCCCCAAAUUGUUGCACCUGCCAAACAAAUUACACCACCAGCGCUAGCGCCACUAUCUACCAAUAAAAUCACUAAUCCAGCUGCCAUAGUCGCCGCCAAGUUAGGCGCCCAAAAUGCAAAUCAGCAAACAAAUGAUAUACUGAAUAAGCUACAGACACGCGGUCUACAGGUGAAGCGUACGCAACCGCCUUGCGUGGCAACGGCCAAUGCGUCGAUCACAGCAGGCCAACAGAAUAAAACCAUGGAACUACUGCAGAAACUUCAAUCCAAGGGCAUGAAGGUGAAAAUACUCAAUGGCAAAGAGGCGGCGUGUGCCACCGGUGCCACUGUUACACAUCUCAAUACCAGUAUUAAGUUGCCAGCCAUGAGCACCAAUGUGGGCAACGUGGCAUUGGCCAUAGGAAAACAGCAGCAGAAUAAGACGAUUUUAAAUAAUAAGCUGAUAAUUAAGAAAGUUAAGUAGGAAACAGUAGAAGCGAUAAUAUUUUGUAAGAUUUUAGUUUUUGUCUAGGACUUUGUAACACUUGAUUUGUUUUUAAAGC